CCGCUCCGCUCCGACUCGCCGAAGCCAGACUGGGAGAGCUCGGGCCAUUUCCCAGAGCAGGACUGAAAGAUACAGCGUCUUAUAUGACCUGUGGGUUUGAGAAGUGAAGAAUAACUCUGAUCACAGGGUGACUCGUUAUGUCUAUGUUGUGAUGGAAAAAUGAAAGCAUCUAGAAUACAGCAUUUUUUAUACUUCUGAAACUGCCUUUGACUACAACAUCUAUUCCCUUAAAAACACACACGCAAAAUGUCAGAACUUGACCCUUCAUCUGGAUUAGUAGGAAACAUGGAAAAUGGGACUUUUCUGGAGCUAUAUCCCACAUCCCUGUCAACUUCAGUGGAUUCCUCAUCUGGCCGCUUAUCAAAUGUCUAUGUCUAUGUUUCUAUAUUUCUCAGUCUCUUAGCAUUUCUUCUUUUGCUAUUAAUCAUUGCACUUCAGAGGCUGAAAAACAUCAUCUCUUCCAGUGCCUCCUACCCAGAAUACACUAGUGAUGCUGGAAGUUCUUUCACUAAUUUAGAAGUUUGUAGUAUUUCUUCCCAGCGAUCUGCUUUCUCAAACCUUUCUUCAUGAAAAGAAAUGAAGGAAAUACAUUGGGAAUGGAACAACUUUGUCCAGCUUUUGAGGGAAAUAGUGCAUGCAAUGUUUACCAUUGAGGACUAUUAAUCAUGA